AUGCAGGACACAGGCAAAAAAGAAACCGGAGGUGAUGGGUCCUCAUCCGCUUCGACGCAGACGAAGAAUGACCCUCUGGAAGACGAAGAUAUCCCAAUCUAUCAGGAAGGUACAGAAACCAUGGCUAUGUUUGUCCCCUUAGAACAUUCUCUCUUUGAACCUUUCGAGCCACCAAGAGACAAAGUCGACCGUCUCAAGGUUUCCUUGGAAACCUUUGAAAAGCACUCGGCUGCGGUAUCAGCAAAUCUUGAGUUCGUUUACGAGCGAGAACGUCGGCGCAUUAUCCGACAUGCCCAAGGGUUGGAGGCAACCGAUGGUGUUGUAGAAACCAACGCCGGUCUCGAGCCCCGCGACGAAGAACUUAUGAUGGCAUACGUCGAGGCACCGAUGCCGCCCGGCGCUGACUACAACAACCGGCACCUGUCGACGUACAGGCCACCUAGUCCGCCGCAAGUGUGUCCGCCCAGGCAGGCGGCCAUUCGUUGGUCGCUCUUCAAUGCCGGGCAGGCGCUGCAGCAGGUUACUGGCUACGCCGCUCACGCCCAGACGAUCAAAGACAGCUACCAAGCAUCGAUCCAAAGGGAGCAGAAUUCCGCAGGCGGACAGGCAGCCAACAGAGAGGAGGGCAAGGACGCUCGAAACUAG